AAUUUACCAUCGGUUCAGUUGUGGCUAAUCAAUUAAGUCAUUUGUAAAUACAUAUUAUUAUUAUUGUUGUACAGUGUAUUGGAGUCAUCGACGAUAAUAAUAUAAACAGUGUCUGUGUCUUCUGGCGCGUUUGAAAAUGGACUUUAAUUGCUGUUAUUCGAGCGUGGUCAGUCGAAAGUGUGUGAAUAGGGUGUCGUCGUGUGAUGCUCUUGUUCGGGAAAAUGAAUGAAAACGAGGUGGCGAAAAACGGUAGCAGUAACGGUGAAAAUGACGACUCGUCGUUGCCUUACCUCCCCGAAAUGGAGUACGACAUGUGGGAGGGCCAGUUCGAGUUUGUCGGUCCCGCAAACGAUCAAACAAUAGAACCGCAGGGGUUGUUGAAACCCCCGCCCUUCCUACCCAGUCACACCAACGGCGCCAAAAAAACGGCCGCACAUGUUUGGUGCGAAGGAAUAACCGAUCAAUUUCAACUGCUCCAGCAACAGGUGGGUGUAUUGCAGGACAGUGCAACCCAUAACGAUGAACGGUAUACGAGGGCCAAGGCGGACAACGCAGCCCUUCAGGCCCGAAUUGUCAUGCUCGAAGAGCAGCUGAGAGACGUCGAAAUGCGUUACGAACAACGACUACAGGACGAACAAAAGCGAUCAAAAGAACUUGUAGCAAGGAUCGACAGAGAGAAGCAGUUACAACUAGAGAAUGCAAGCAUCAGACUCCAGGCGGCGGAAACGGAAGCCAAAAACUUACGCGAAGAAGUCAACAGACAAAGGGUGAAAUUGGAGAAGCUCGAGGCAGAACGUAACGACCUCUUCGAUCAGGUUCAAGAUCUCAAAAUGGAAAUAAUGUCCACGAAAGACAACGAAACGUCGUUCAAGGAGCAGGAAAAAAAACACGAACAAGAACAAGAAUCUCGCAAUCACCUGAUCGAGGAAUUGUCCCGUGAAGUGGAAAGACUGAGGGCGGAGGCUCGAACUCCCGCAUUGCCCACCACAUCCCCCGAGACGCUACGACUAGAAGAAUUGCACGAAGAAAUGGCCUCGUUGAGGGAACGCAACAACCAGUUGCAAGAACAGAACGAGGAAUUGCAAGCGAAUCUCCUGUCUGCGGGGGUGGAACAGGGACGUCUUCUGACCGCCGGCGAGACGAGUCUGGCAGCAGAAUUAGAGGCCAUGACACACGAUCAGAUGGAUAGCCUUCGAGAUGAGACUGUAGCUAAGAUCCAACAAGCCCUAAAGGAACAACAGGACGUGAACGCACAACUAAAGGCUUAUAUCGACGGGAUACUGUUAAAUAUCGUCGAGAAUUAUCCGCAAUUGCUCGAAGUUAAACAACAAAAAAAUAAAUCUACGAAAACUUGAGGGAUUACUAUCAAUUUUUUAAUAUACACAUACAUAAUAAUAAAAAAUAAACAAACAAACGCAAUACAUACUUAAAUAGAAGGGGUUAAAAAUUGAAAUAUAACAUAUAUUAUAUAUAUUUAAAAAAAAAACUAUUACUCUGUUAAGUAUGAAUGCACAACGUUGCACAGCACUUAUCGAGACAGUGCAGUGUCUGUUCCGCCCUCCGUCCGUUUUUGUGAUUUAGAUUGCUGUGAUUAUUGGACAAAUACUAUCUCAAAUUAAUUAAUGAUUAAACAACACAAUGAAUUUUUAUAAAUGCUCUUUGCAAAGGUGCCUAUUAAUAAUAAUAAUAAUGUAACUACUACCUAGGAACCAUUGAAAUACUUUCAAUUUUAUUCGUUAAUAGUGUCGAGAAAAAUGUUGUUGUUGUUGUUGGUGUCAGAAAUUGUGUAUAUU